GGGGGCCCAGUGAAUAGAGGGAGCUUGCUCUUCCCCCAUGCAUUGCAAUGAGCAUCCACCAUGAGGAAGGACGAACAACGGUAUCAACUCGCUCCAACCGAGGAGGAGGGAGAAGGCCUCAACGACCAUGAGACCCUGUCCGAGACCGCGGGGAAACGGGCGACCCCCAGCCCGCGCCAGCGCACCCAGCUGCGGAUACACUACAGCAUUAUCACGGUCGCAUACACGCUGCUCAUCCCCCUCUACCUCUACCUUCUCCUCCUGACCCAGAACCCGAUCGCCCUUGACAGACUCAUUACCACCCCUAACAACGCCAUCUUCCCAUCCCUCCGCACCGCCAACGCCGUAGGGUACGAAACCCGCCCGUGGCCCGUCCGCCUCCACGACAACCCCUUCGCCGGCAAACCGCGGCCGGAGCUCGAGGCCGCCUGGCACACGCUGUUUGAGAAGAACAACAUCCGCGUCACCGGGGAGGACCUCGCCUUCUACAACGUCACCUCGCUCCCGAUCGUCGGGCCCGCAGGCGAAGGUCCUGGGGGGUAUGUCGGCCAACUGGGGGUGUUCCACGAACUCCACUGCCUUAAGCGCAUCCGCCACUGGAUCUACCGCGAUCAUUAUCUGGCGGACGCCCCGGCGGCGGUGCUGGUGGAGGAGGAGGCGCACGUCGACCACUGCGUCGAGUUGCUCCGGGAGGCGAGUCUGUGUCGGGCGGACCUGACGCUGAGUGGGUUCCGGUGGAUUCAGACCGGUCCGGAGGGUAAGCAGAGGGAGUUGACGGUCGAAGCCAAGGGGAAUCAUGUCUGCGUCGAUUGGGAGCGACUGCGGAAGUGGAAUGAUGCACGAGCGGUGGAUGCGUGGGAGCCCGGGGUUUUGGGCGGCGCUUAGGUUGAUGACUUCACUCUAUGUAUAUGGCAGAUGGCUUGGGCUUGUGAGGAUCAU